ACAAACCCUACAAAAACCCUGCUAAAACCUUCUAUGCUCUAAAGAAAAGCCUCUAGGGUCUGCACUUUCUCAUUAAUGGAAACUUCCUUGUUCUUCAAGACAUAAAAUUAUCAAUUAAACGAAGCUCUUGUGUUUUCUCUUAACAGAGAAAUUUAGAAAAAAGAAAGAGAAAAAUGGGAAAAACAUAUGCAAUAGGAGUACUCUCAGCUUUAGCAGCAUCUGCUUCUCUUUCACACUCGAACACUAUCGCUUUCGCCGACGGUCCUUUUAACUUCCCUCCGCUAUUUUCUUCUUCGAAUACUCAAAAUGCUCCUCCUGCGCAAUCAUCUGGGCAAUCUCAGCCAUCCAAUUCGCCUCAACCUAAUGCUGCAGAAUCAGCUCCGAAACCUGUUAGAAAUGAUAAUCCAAGAACGACAUCCGCUGGGUUCGAUCCGGAGGCGCUCGAGAGAGGUGCUAAAGCAUUGAGGGAUAUCGCGUCUUCUACUCAUGCUAAAAAGGUGUUUGAAACUAUAAAGACUCAAGAAGCAACAAGGCAGGCAGAAAUGGCAGCAAAGGCUGCAGAAUUUAAGGCAAUGCAAGCGCAAGCUGAAACUGAGAGACAACGGGUAGUAUAUGAUGAACAGAAAAAGUUGGCUCAGCAUCAAGCACAAACUAAAUCCCAGAUGGCUCGUUAUGAGGAUGAACUGGCACGAAAGAGGAUGCAGGCUGAUAAUGAAUACCAAAGAGCGAGGAACCAGGAGCUUGUCAAGCUGCAAGAAGAAUCAUCAAUAAGGCAGGAGCAAGCUCGACGAGCCACGGAAGAACAGAUUCAAGCACAAAGGCGGCAAACAGAGAGAGAAAAGGCUGAAAUAGAACGUGAAACAAUCAGGGUGAGAGCUAUGGCUGAAGCAGAAGGGAGAGCUCAUGAAGCAAAGCUAGCUGAAGAUGUUAACAGGCGAAUGCUGGUUGAUCGUGCAAAUGCUGAAAGAGAGAAAUGGGUUGCUGCUAUAAAUACUGCUUUUGACCAUAUUGGAGGGGGUUUUCGAGCCAUUUUAACCGAUCAAAAUAAGUUGAUAGUUGCUGUGGGGGGAGUGACAGCUCUUGCUGCUGGAAUUUAUACAACAAGAGAAGGCGCAAAGGUGAUUUGGAGCUAUGUGGAUAGAAUAUUGGGGCAACCAUCUCUUAUCAGAGAGUCUUCACGGGGGAAAUACCCUUGGUCAGGUUUUUUUACCCGGGCUAUGAACACUUUAUCACGUAGUGCCAAAAAUGGGUCCUCCGAAAAUGGAAAAGGGUUCGGUGAUGUGAUUUUACAUCCUUCCCUGCAAAAAAGAAUUGAACAACUGUCCAAUGCAACUGCCAAUACAAAAUCCCAUCAGGCACCUUUCCGUAACAUGCUCUUCUAUGGGCCUCCAGGAACGGGGAAAACGAUGGCUGCCAGAGAGCUUGCUCAUAAAUCAGGAUUAGAUUAUGCAUUGAUGACUGGUGGUGAUGUUGCGCCGCUGGGAUCACAAGCAGUUACAAAGAUACACCAAUUAUUUGAUUGGGCUAAGAAGUCCAACAGGGGUUUGUUGUUGUUCAUUGAUGAAGCAGAUGCAUUUCUAUGCGAGCGCAAUAAAACCUACAUGAGCGAAGCUCAACGAAGUGCACUAAAUGCCCUUCUCUUCCGCACUGGUGACCAGUCCAAGGAUAUAGUCCUUGCUCUUGCCACAAACCGUCCAGGUGAUCUUGAUUCAGCUGUGGCAGAUCGUAUUGAUGAAGUUUUGGAAUUUCCCUUACCAGGGGAAGGGGAACGCUUCAAGCUGCUGAAGCUCUAUUUGGACAAGUAUAUAGCUCAGGCUGGAUCAACAAAAUCUGGUGGUUGGUUCAGGAAUUUGUUCAAAAAGCAACCACAGAAGAUAGAGAUCAAGGGACUGACUGAUGACAUCUUAAAGGAGGCAGCAGCUAAAACUGAAGGGUUUUCUGGGAGGGAGAUAGCAAAAUUGAUGGCAAGUGUCCAAGCUGCAGUUUAUGGGAGUCAGAAUUGUGUACUUGAUACAAGCCUGUUUCGUGAAGUAGUAGAUUAUAAAGUUGCAGAACAUCAACAAAGGAGUAAACUGGCAUCAAAAUCAGAGGGAAAAAGUGCGUAGAGUAUCCCUUUAAGUAUUGCUUCUUGUACUGGCUGUUUGUAGGUAGAUGAGUGUCUACUUAGCUAACUAGAAGAGCCCCACAUUAUUUUUUCGUUCCAGGCAUCAUGUUGUUCUCAUUAUUUUCCCCUACACCCAUGGGGGAUUUUGGAUACCAUUAAGAUCUCAUUGCUGAUUAUUCAUAGAUA